AUUUUUGUUUGUUCUAUUAAAAUAAAAUAAAAUAAAACUCUUGUUGUUUUCCCCCAUAAAUCCCAUUCUGUUUUUUAAAUACUGCUUGAUGAUGAUGACGUACAAUUAGAUUAUAUAAUUAUACGAAGCAAUAAUGGAAGAAUUUUGAAAAUGGUUGACGUCAGUGUUUGUGAAUGACAGCGUUUUCAAUAAAGUUGUCAUUAUACAAAAAGGCGUGUUUACAGUGUUACAAUAUGUCCGCUCCCGUUGUUUACUGUGUCGUUAGUAAUAUCCCAGCAAAAUUCCGGUCGGUGGAUCUCCGGAAUUAUUUUAGCCAGUUUAUCGAAGGGGGCGGCUUUGGGUGUUUCCAUUACCGACACCGACCUGAGGUUCUCAGAGACCCAGAACAUGAGCCCGGGAAAGAGCAGGCCGAAGAACAGCCGGAGUGUUUACAGAGCGAGGGACCGGAGGAGGGGAGCUCAGAGCCGGCAGAUACCGGAGGACAACCCGCUGCCACAGGAAAGACAACGUGCUGCUGCGUGGUCUUGGUUCAAGCAAACCAGGCGGACCGGUUCGUGAAGAUGUACGCGGGGAAUCAGUGGGUUGGUUCCGAGGGAAGCUGGCUAGGCAGUCGGUGUGUUAUCAGGAAGAUCAGGGUCUCGGAUCAGUCGGAGUCCAACAUGUUUCCUUAUAAAACGAAAAAGGAGCUGAACAGCAAGAUUGCCCUGAGCGAGAGGUUCACUGAAGAGGACUUGACAAGACUGCCUGAGAUGAACCCCCCUGCUCUGAUGCCCAGUGGCAAUGUGGGCACUCCGGUGACUGUGUUCCUGGAGCUCAUCCAGGCUUGCAGACUGCCUCCACGCAUCAUCACCAAACUGGGGCUGAAGUUCCCCAAGACGGGCUCCAAUCGGAGGUACGGGAACGUCCCCUUCGAGUACAGGGCCACCCAGACUGUUCGGCUGGAGGAGGGGGUGUACACUGCCAACGGUGAAGCCAUUACAGGGGGAGAUCUAGGACCUGGUGCUGGGCUUGUGCCUCCUUCAGGGAGGAAGAAACAACCGAGGAAGAAACAUGGGGGUCCUUCGAAAGAUGGAGAAGAGUCCAGCUGCGAAGGUGGAGAUGACUGUGCAGAGUCCCACUCCGAUGAUGACGAUGACACGUGUGAGGAGUGGGAGCGGCACGAGGCCCUGUACGAGGACGUGACUAACCAGGGGCGCUGCGAGGAGAGGCUGUUUGAAGAGAAGAUCGAGCUCAAGUGGGAGAAGGGGGGCUCCGGGCUGGUCUUCUACACUGACGCGCAGUACUGGAAGGAGGAGCAAGGAGAUUUUGACGAACAAACUGCUGACGACUGGGAUGUAGAUAUGAGCGUCUACUAUGACAAAGACGGAGGGGAUAAGGAUGCCCGGGAUUAUGUCCGGAUGAGGUAUGAGCGGCGACUGAGGGAUGGAUUGGAGGAGGGAUCAGUGCAGGGCCAGCGAAUCUGGGGCUUCGAAAAAUACACCAAGGGUAUAGGCAGGAGGGUGAUGGAGAAGCAGGGCUGGAAGGAUGGCUCUGGGCUGGGCCACAGCAAGGUGGGGAUGGCAGAAGCUUUGGAGAACGAGGGGCAGCACCCCAAGUGUAAGAGAGGAUUCGGGUAUCAUGGAGAGAAGCUGAACACUUUCACGGCUGUGAAAAAGUCCCGUCCUGAAUUUAGGAUUUCUACAGUUUAUGACAAACCCGAAGAAAAGGACCAAGGAGAUUCCCUGCUGCGCCGUCAGCCACCCAGCAGCAUGAAGUACAGACAGAACCAGACGCUGAGGGGGAGAACGAAGGACAGCAGUCAAAACUAGACUGUCUGUGAUAGUGUGGAAAAAUAAUACGCUGCAGUGGACACAAUGUUUAGGAAAAAAGGUUGCCGUGUAUCUGUCCAUUUCAGUAAUACUGAUUCAUCAUCCAGAACUUCAAACACUCGAAGACAUUCUCAGGCAAAACUUCUAAGAAAGUCAAAUUGACAAGUGUUUCACCCAGUGCCUUCAUCAGUGUGUUUGAGAGAGGCAUAGCUGAAACCGUUUUUGCCUCAGUUUUACCGGUUAGUAAUUGUAUUUAUUAUCUUUGUAAAGAAAAAUGUUAUCUUUUACUAUAAAAAAAUUGUACAGUUAAUACAUUUGUCUCAAUAAUUCACUUGGUUAUUGUUUUCUGCUGUCUAGAUAUUCUUUGUGUCAUAAACCAGUUAUUUAUCUAAACUUUGGAUUUAUAUAUAUAUAUGUACACACACACACACACACACAGAGUCGCAGACAAAAGUAUUUGGGCAGUUUAAAAAAAGAAAAAACACCAAAAAAGUUAUAUAAUUUAGAGAUUCAGCUUUAUAAUAAAACAAAUUAUUACAUAACAUGAAUAAAAUGAAAAUGAACGUGCAAAAAUUAAUGUCAUACUUUGACAAAAGUAUUUGGGCACCCUUACAUUAGUAUUUUACAGUUUGCAGUCUUUUUUUGUAUUUUAAAGCCAGUUCUUGGGCAUCUUUCCAGAGAUAUUUUUGCCCAUUCUUCAACACAUGCAGCUUUGAGUUCUGCAGUCGACUUUAGUUUCCUUUUUGCAACAGCAGCCUUCAAGUCAAUCCACAGCAUCUCGACGGGAUUCGAGUCUGGUGACUGAGAUGGCCAAUUCAUAACUAAUCUUCCUUUUUAGACUUCACAGAAUGCUUAGGGUCAUUAUCCUGCUGGAAUACAAUCUUCCGUCCAGUAAGCCUUCUAGCACUGGGUAACCACCACUAGAAAGGACCACUCCGGUCUGAGACCACAGAUGUCUUUAAUGUACUGUGACUUUCUACAGUGACCCAAAUCGCACUGCUGUUAAGCUUAAUAUAUUUUGCUUUUGAAAUGUUAUUUCCCUACAGAAAGCAUUUCAACUAUAAAAACAUGGGCGUACCUAAAUACAUGGAAAUGUUUAUACUUUCAGGAAGCAGUAACACAUUUAUUUUUGAACUGUUUUGUCAGUGGCAGUGGAUGGAGUGUAUAAAUUCCAAAGACUACCAAACAGCUGCAUUCCAUUAUACCCUUGGGAAUCAACGGGUUAACUGGUUGUGUUCUGUUUUCCAUAGCAGCAUUGCAAAGUAAAUUUUACUGGCUUGAUCACAGCCCUGUAUUCUCGAUGAUAAUUCACCUGUUAA